GUGAGUGCCUGUGUCUUUCACACAAGCAAGCACGGGGUCCAGAGAGGACCUGUGCCUUUAAUUUGCCAACACAAAACUACAGAGUCUGUGCCUUGAAGGCAUCCCAUUACAGUGGAAUGAGCUAAGGAUCUACUCAGCUAUAUAAACCAGCAGAAACUGCUUACUCCAACCAGAGUUUGCCUUACUGUCAAACAUUCUCCCUCCCUUCCUCUCUUUCCCCCUCUUUCUCUCUCUGACUUGUCCCGUCUAUACCAUAGAUGGGACAAGUUUUCUGAAUUUUUUCCCUCAAGACAGAAGGGGACAAGAGUAAAGGAUCCUAUUUAUCCCCUGGAGACCUGACACAACAGGAGGAACUAACACAUAUCAAAGGCAAGCAGGACCAUUGAUAGAAGGGAGAGCUGAUCGGCACAAUCACAUCGAAACGAGCUUUUCUCAUUGUUCCUUUCUAUUGUGAACAUAAAGGAGAUUUGAAGCCAUAACAGAAUUCCCAAGGAACUGAACCUCAACAUGGGCCUCCAUGUUUGGGUACUGGCCUUGGUGACCAUCGCUUUAUUCCAUCAACACGUUCAUGGUGGACUCAUCAAAAGAAUUAUUCGGCAGAAGAGGGAGGCUGGACUCAAUGUCACAUUGCCGGAGGACAACCAGCCUGUGGUCUUUAACCAUGUCUACAAUAUUAAAGUCCCCGCAGGCAACCUCUGCUCUGUGGACUUGGACUCAGCAAGUGGCGACUCAGAACUCAAGACUCAGACUGAGCAGGACAAGCAAUACCAGGAGCAUACAUUGAAUGAGGAGAACCAGAUUGUCUUCACACACAGGAUAAACAUCCCACGGCGGGCUUGUGGCUGUGCAGCAGCCCCUGAUAUCAAGGAUCUCCUAAGUAGGUUGGAGGAACUGGAGGGACUGGUGUCCUCUCUGCGAGACCAGUGCACCAGUGGAUCCGGGUGCUGCCCCAGUGGACAACCAGCAAUAGGUCACAUUGAUGCUACUCCCUACUGCAGUGGACGGGGAAACUACAGCAAUGAUGUCUGUGGCUGCAUCUGUGAACCUGGUUGGAAGGGCCCCAACUGUUCUGAACCAGAAUGCCCCCAGAAUUGCAACAACAGAGGCCAAUGUGUCAAUGGCAAGUGCAUUUGUGCUGAAGGCUUCACAGGGGAGGACUGUGGGCAACUGACAUGUCCUGGGGACUGCAAUGACCAAGGCAAAUGUGUUGAUGGCAUGUGUGUGUGUUUUGAUGGCUAUGCUGGGGAGGACUGUGGCCAGGAAGUUUGCUUGGUGCCAUGCAGUGCGAAUGGGAAAUGCGUAAAUGGGCGGUGCAUCUGUGCAGAAGGCUUCAGUGGGGCAGACUGCAGCCACUCCCUGUGCCUCAACAAUUGCAACAACCGUGGGCGCUGUGUGGAGGAGGAGUGUGUGUGUGACGAAGGUUAUACUGGAGAAGAUUGCAGUGAGCUUAUUUGCCCCAACGACUGCUACGACCGUGGCCGUUGCGUUAAUGGGACUUGUUAUUGCGAUGCUGGGUUCACUGGAGAAGACUGUGGGGAUAUGACUUGUCCCAGCAACUGCCAUGGGAAUGGUCGUUGUGAGAAUGGUUUCUGUGUAUGCUAUGAAGGUUUCAUGGGGGAUGACUGUGCUGACCGGAGAUGCCCCAAAGACUGCAACAAACGUGGCCGUUGCAUUAAUGGACAAUGUGUGUGCCAUGCUGGUUUCCUGGGCCUUGACUGUGGGGAAGUGAGAUGCCCCAGUGACUGCAACAACCAUGGUCGCUGUGUGGAUGGCCAGUGCGUGUGCAGUGAAAAGUACAUGGGGGAUGACUGCAGUGAACUGCGGUGCCCCAAUGACUGCAACAACCGUGGCCGCUGCAUCAAGGGGCAGUGUGAGUGUGAUGAGAGGUUUAUGGGGGGUGACUGCGGAGAUUUGAAAUGCCCUAAUGACUGCCACAACCAUGGAAGGUGUAUCAAUGGACAGUGUGUGUGUGAUGAGGGCUUUGUGGGUGAGGACUGUGGGCAGCUGCGGUGCCCCAAUGACUGCAACGACCGGGGACACUGCGUCAAUGGCAAGUGUGUGUGUGAUGACGCCUUCACUGGUGUGGACUGCAGUGAACUGCGGUGCCCAAAAGACUGCAACAGGCAUGGUCGCUGCAUCAAUGGCCAGUGUGUAUGUGAUGAAGGCUACACAGGGGAGGAUUGUGCUGAAAGGACCUGCCCCAAUGACUGCAACAACCGUGGGCGCUGCAUCAACGGGGUGUGUGUGUGCAAUGAAGGCUUUGUUGGGGAUGACUGCCGAGAACUGGCCUGUGUGAACAACUGCAGUGGCCGAGGCCGUUGCAUGAACGGGCAGUGUGUUUGUGAAGAGGGCUUCACCGGGGUAGACUGCAGCCAACUGCAGUGCCCCAAAGACUGCAACAAUCAAGGGCGCUGCUUCAACGGAGUGUGCAUAUGCGACGAGGGAUACCAGGGACAAGAUUGCAGCGAGCAGUCCUGCCCCAACAACUGCAACGAUCUCGGUCGCUGUGUCAACGGACGGUGCAUCUGUGAAGAAGGUUAUGUAGGCGAUGACUGUUCUGAUGUAUUGCCUCCAAAAGACCUGACAGUUACAGAUGUGACUGACAAGACUGUCAACCUGGAAUGGAAGAAUGAAAAUGUGGUCACUGAAUACCUCAUCACCUACACCCCUACCGGAACUGGUGGCUUAGACUUUGAGUUUCGAGUGCCUGGGAACCAUACGUCAGCCACCAUCCGGGAGCUGGAGCCUGGUGUGGAAUACUUCAUCCGUGUUUUUGCCAUCUUGAAGAACAAGAAGAGCGUCCCAAUUAGUGCCCGGGUAGCCACUUAUUUGCCCGCUCCAGAUGGCUUGAAGUUCAAAUCCAUUAAAGAGACAUCAGUGGAGGUAGAGUGGGACCCCCUGGACAUCCCAUUCAGUGGAUGGGAGAUUGUUUUUAACAGCCUGAAGGAGGAAGACAAUGUGGGAAUCAGGAACAGUCUAAAGAAGCCUCAAACAUCGUAUUUGCAACCAGGCUUGGCACCAGGACAACAAUAUAAUGUGUCUCUUUACGUUGUGAAGAAUCAAACCAGAGGACCUGGCCUCUCCAGGGUAGUAACAACAAAGCUUGAUGCCCCCAGCCAGAUUGAGGCAAAUGAUGUUACAGACACUACAGCACUGAUCACAUGGUUUAAACCAUUGGCUGAGAUUGAUGAUGUUGAGCUGACUUUCGGGCCCAAGGAUGUCCCAGGGGACCGGACGACCAUCGACCUCUCGAAGGAUGAUAGCCAAUACUCUAUUGGGAAUCUGAAACCACACACCGAAUAUGAGGUGACACUAGUGUCACGGCGUGGGGAUAUGGAGAGUGACCCUGUGACGGAAACCUUUGUCACAGAACUGGAUGCUCCAAAAAAUCUGAAACACCUGUCUCAGACAGAUAGCACCAUCACCCUGGAAUGGAAGAACAGCCAAGCAACACCUGAAGCUUACAGAAUUAAGUAUGCCCCCAUUUCUGGUGGAGAUCAUGCUGAGGUCACAGUACCCAGAAGUGACCAAGCCACAACCAAAGCUACACUCACAGGUCUCAGGCCAGGAACAGAAUAUGGCAUUGGAGUGACAGCUGUGAAGCAGGACAAAGAGAGCUCUCCUUCCACUAUUAAUGCUGGAACUGAUCUGGAUCGUCCCAAGGACUUGGAAGUCACUGGUCCUACCGAGACAACUCUCACUUUGCGGUGGAAAAUACCCCGGGCUAAAAUUGAUCGCUAUCGCCUUACUUACAUGACCCCUGAUGGGAGGAAGAAUGAAAUGGAGAUUCCUGCCGAUAGCACGUCUCACAUCCUAAGGUCCCUAGAUGCUGGGACAGAGUACACCAUCAACCUUGUGGCAGAGAAGGGCAGGCACAAGAGCAAGCCUGCAACAGUGGUUGCCUCUACUGAAGAAGAGCCUGAGCUGGGGAAUUUAUCAGUCUCAGAGGUUCACUGGGAUGGAUUCCAGCUCACCUGGACGGCUGGAGAAGGGGCCUUUGAGAACUUUGUCAUGCAGGUGCAGGAGCCAAACCAGCCAGAAAAUGGACAUAAUAUCACCAUCCCAGGCUAUUUGCGAUUUGCGAAUCUUACUGGCCUCCUGCCAAGCACUCUUUACACUAUCACUCUCUAUGGUGUGACUCGGGGCUACAGAACCAAGCCCCUUUCAGUUGAAACCAUGACAGCGAUGAAGCCCGAAGUCAGCAACUUAACAGUUUGGGGCAUCACCCCUGAAGGCUUCAAUCUCUCCUGGAUGACCAACAAAGGAAACUUCGAGAGCUUUAUCAUUGAAAUUAUUGAUUCCAACAGGUUGCUGGAACCCAUGGAAUACAACAUCUCAGGCCAUUUAAAGGCUGCUCAUAUCUCAGGGCUGUCCCCUAAAACUAAUUUCAUUAUCUACCUCUAUGGAGUUACUCGUGGUUUCCGUACUCAGGCAUUAAGCACUACAGCUACUACAGAGGUCGAACCACAGCUGGGCAUGCUUACACUCACAAAUGCUAAGGCCAACACAUUCAACCUCUCCUGGACCACAAGAGAUGGGCCUUUUGCAAAGUUGGCUGUAAAUGUUAGAGAUUCCCAUUUGUUCCAGGAGUCUCAGAAGCUUUCGGUGUCAGGAGAGGCUCAUGACACUCUCGUCUCAGGCUCAGUAGAUUAUACUGAUUAUGACAUUAACAUUCAGGGCACAACCACAGGCGGGAGACACACUGAGUCUCUCAUCUCUUUGUUGAUGACAGAGCCUUUGCCCCCACUGGAAAACCUCACUGUCUCAGGCAUUAAUCCAUAUGGCUUUACAGUGUCCUGGAUGGCAUCAGAGAAUGCCUUUGACAGCUUUCUAAUAAUCGUGGUGGAUUCUGGCAAACUGCUGGACCCCCAGGAGUUCCUCCUCUCAGGAGCCCAGCGUCAGCUGACACUUAGAGGGCUCAUAACUGGCAUUGGCUAUGAGGUUGUGCUUUACGGUUUUGCUCAUGGUCGCCAAACUAGGCCCUUAAGUGUUGUUGCUCUAACAGAAGCAGAACCUGAAGUGGACAACCUUCUGGUGUCAGAUGCAACCCCUGAUGGCUUUCGUCUGUCUUGGACGGCAGAUGAUGGAGCCUUUGACAGUUUUGUUCUUAAAAUAAGGGACACCAAUAUGGUAUCAGACCCUCUGGAACUAAUUGUACCAGGCCAUGAACGCACCCAAGAUAUAACAGGGCUGAAAGAAGGCACAGGAUAUUACAUUGAUCUCUAUGGAGUUACCAGUGGACAACGUUCCCAACCUGUAAAUACAAUCGCUACAACAGCAAUGGGACCUCCCAAGGAAAUUACAUUCUCUGAUAUUACCGAAGACUCAGCUGUGGUCAGUUGGACAGCCCCACGGACAAGGGUGGACAGCUUCCGGAUUACCUAUGUUCCAGUUACAGGAGGUCCCCCCAAUUAUGUGACAGUAGAUGGAAGCAAGAGUAGAACUAAACUGGUAAAACUGAUCCCUGGCGUGGAGUACAUCGUCAGUAUCAUCUCUGUCAAAGGAUUUGAAGAAAGCGAGCCUGUUUCUGGAUCUCUGACCACAGCUUUGGAUAGUCCAUCAGGGCUAAUGGCAGUGAACAUCACUGAUUCCAAAGCACUGGCUGUUUGGCAGCCAGCAAUUGCUGCUGUGGACGAGUACAUCAUUUCCUAUGUUACUGAGGGUGAGCGCGAAAUGACUCAGAGUGUCUCAGGCAAUACAGUGGAAUAUGAUCUCACUGGCCUCCGUCCAGCCUCUGAAUAUACACUUCGGAUCUAUGCCAGGAAGGGACCACAGAAAAGCACAAUCAUCUCCACCAAAUUCACUACAGACCUUGAUGCUCCAAGGGAUCUCACUGCAACUGAUGUUCAGUUUGAAACAGCACAGCUAACAUGGAAGCCUCCUCGUGCCCCUGUUACAGGUUACCUCUUGAUCUAUGAAUCAAUUGAUGGCAAAGUCAAGGAAGUUAUCCUGGGACCUGAGUCGAAUUCCUACAGCUUGUCAGAGCUGAGUCCAUCCACCCAGUACACAGUGAAAUUACAGGCCCUAAACCGGAAUUUGAAGAGCAAGAUCAUCCAAGCAAUAUUCACAACAACGGGACUCUUGUAUCCUUACCCCAGAGACUGCUCCCAAGCUCUGUUGAAUGGAGAAACAGCUUCUGGCCUCUACACUAUUUACCUAAAUGGCAACAAGUCUCAGCCUGCAGAGGUGUUCUGCGAUAUGAGUGCUGAUGGAGGCGGAUGGAUUGUAUUUCUAAGAAGGCAGAAUGGAGAGCAGGAAUUCUACCAGAACUGGAGGACUUAUGAGGCUGGAUUUGGAAAUCCCAAUGGUGAAUUCUGGCUAGGUCUGGACAAGCUCCACAAAAUCACUUCCCAGGGCCAGUAUGAGCUGCGGGUGGAUUUGCGUGACCAUGGAGAAACUGCCUAUGCUCUCUAUGACAAGUUCUUUGUCGGUGAUGCCAGGUCUCGCUACCGGCUGAGAGUGGAAGGAUAUAGUGGCACGGCAGGCGAUUCCAUGACCUAUCACAAUGCACGCUUCUUUUCCACCUACGACAAGGACCAUGAUGCAGCAAUCACCAACUGUGCUUUAUCAUACAAAGGGGCUUUCUGGUACAAGAACUGCCACCGUGUUAACCUGAUGGGUAGAUAUGGGGACAACAACCACAGCCAGGGUGUCAACUGGUUCCACUGGAAAGGUCAUGAGCACUCCAUCCAGUUUGCAGAGAUGAAACUGAGACCAUACAGCUUUAGGAAUCUUGAAGGGAGACGAAAGAGAGCAUGAAUCCUCCACAGGGUUGGCUGACAGAAAGAAAAAGAAUGGUUGCUUGUUUGUUUGUUUUUUCCAGAAAUUUGGGGGAAGGGAGAUUAGAAAUGGAGAUGGGAACUUUACCAAAGCAUCAGUGUUGCUUGACGUAACCUUGGCUCCCUUGACCAUUUUUUUUAUUGGGGGGUGGGAUAGGCUUCUUCAAAACGUAGCGUGCUCAACUGAGCAUCCUCCCCCGCCCCCCAAUCUGUAGCUGGCUUUCUUUGCACCAAAGAUGACAAUCGCCAGGGAGGGAAGCGGGGAGGGGAGGGGAUGUCAGGGAAGAGGACACAAUCUGGCAUAUUCACACACAGAAUCACACACACAAAAUAUAUACAUUAUUAUUGUGAUCAUUAUUAGCCAUCCUUGAGCUUUAUUAGCUGGUGAUCUGGAAGCUUUUCCUAUAUAUACUGACUGGAUCCAGACUUCUCCAUAACUAACUGAAGUUCCAUUGGUUUCAGUGGGUUUACUCCAAGCAUGACUAAAAGUGCAAUCCUAUCUCCACUCACCUGGGAGUAGUGGUGGCUGGUGCACUUUUGGACUGGUAGGGUGGACGGCAGAGUUGCACAAUGGUAAGCAGCACCAGAGCCAAUGACAUUCUAGUUUUGUCCCCAUCCUCCUCCCUGCUAAGUUCGAAAAGGGCAACACUGAGACAAAGAAGAAGGAGCUAACAUCUUAGUAGGCAUGGUGGGGGUUGCACUACAAGUCUGGAUCCACCUCUCUCUAUGUAUGUUUUUAAAAAAACACAGAUAUAGAAAAGGGCAAGGAAGAAAGCAGCCCUAUUUAAACAUUUCAUCCUAAGAUUAAUAUUAUUAAUAUAAUGAAAAGAAAAGAAAGGAAAAGGAUGAUGAUAAUAAUAAGCUAAGUUUUUUGUCAUCGUGGUUUUGUUUUCGUUUUUUUUUUUUUAAACAAUCCAUGCUUUCCAAAACACAGCAGGACAGUGUCUGAUUGUACAUUUUUAAAAAAAUUAAAUAAAAGCACAAUUUUACUUUUA